CGUGGCGGACUGACCUCCCCGUUUUCCUCCUGCAGGAUGGUGACGGACGUGCAACUGGCCAUCUUUGCCAACAUGCUAGGCGUCUCGCUGUUUCUCCUGGUCGUCCUUUAUCACUACGUGGCCGUCAACAACCCGAAGAAGCAGGAGUGAGCGAGCGACUGGACUUCCCUCUCCUUACCCCCCACCCCGACAGGUAACUCAGCUUGCCCUUCUUUCCCGACCCCCCCAAACAGCUCACGGAUGGAUCUGGAUGCAGCGAUUAUCUCACCCCCCUCCUUUUCUUUGACAGAAUGCAGAGCCAGCAGCUCAAGGAAGCAUGGAGCCCCAGAUACUAUAGCCGUACUUGGCUUUGCUGAAACCAAUAAUAAAUGAUUAGAGAAUACACUUCA